AGCUUUUUUUUUUAACCGGUGAAGAGGGCUUGGAACGCGGCUGCCAUUUGGCGCAGGUUGAACUACAUCCGCUAACAAAGGCAUCCACUUAUUUAUUUAUCGUCUUAUUCGUGGGUUUUUAUUUAACUUAACAGUAGCGCGUACAUAUUUGUAGCCAAGCCGUCGCCAUGAGCUCUAUCAACGUGAAAAAGCUAAAGGUAAACGAGUUGAAGGACGAGCUGAAAAAGCGUCAGCUGUCCGACAAGGGGCUGAAGGCCGAGCUGAUGGACCGCCUGCAGGCCGCGCUGGAUGAGGAGGCCCUGGUCGGAGAUUCUCCGCUGGACCAGGAGGCAGCGGACGAGGGUUUCGGUCAGGCCGCCGAACAAGAAGGCAUGGGCGAGGAAGAGGAGGGUGACGGCGAAGGCCCGGUCGAAGAAAGCAUGGAGGCCAACGAGGAGGAGGAGGAAGAAGAAGAGGAAGAAGAGGAGGAAGAGGAGAAUGGAGAUGGCGGUGCUGGCGUUGCGGAGGACGACGAGAUGGGUGAGGGAGAGGACGAGGAGGAAGAGGAAGACAUGGAUCCCAUGCUUAAGGGUGAUGUGGACGACAUGGAGAAAAUUGACACGGAGGACGGUGAGCCCGGAGACCAGGCUGCUGAGGGGGAUGCGGACAAAGACACGAAUGCUGAUCAGAAGAAUAAGAAGGGUGUUAAGAGACGCCGGGAGGAACAUGGAAGGGGCUACUUUGAAUUUAUUGAAGAGAACAAAUACAGCUGGGCCUCAUUCAAAUCCCCUGUACCACCCCUGGAGGAAGAAGAUGAGGAGUUUGAUGACACAAAAGUCUGCCUUGAUACUUACAACUGCGACCUGCAUUUCAAGGUGUCACGAGACCGUUACAGCGCCUCUUCUCUCACCAUGGAAAGUUUUGCUUACCUCUGGUCAGGAGGCAAGGGCACCUAUGGCGUGAACAACGGCAAAGUCUGCUUUGAGAUGAAGGUCACAGAAAAGAUUCCAGUGAAGCACAUUUCUAGUAAGAACAUGGACAUCCAUGAGGUGCAGGUGGGCUGGUCCCUGGCUACUGGUACUCUGCUCCUCGGUGAGGAGGAGCAUUCAUACGCCUACUCUGGGAAGGGUAAAAAGACCACAAACUGUGUGACAGAGGACUUUGGAGAGACCUAUGAAGAGAAUGAUGUCAUCUGCUGCCUUAUUAAUUUUGACGGCGACGAGAUUGAGAUGUCCUUCUCCAAGAACGGGGGGGAGCCAACGGUGGCUUUCCAGGUCAGCAAGGAGUCUUUGCAUGGUCAGGCCCUCUUCCCCCACGUCAUCUGCCACAACUGCGCCGUAGAGUUCAACUUUGGCCAGAUGGAGACUCCCUACUUCCCCCCGCCACAGGGCUAUGUCUUCCUGCAGCAGAUCCCUGUGGAUGAGCGAGUCAGGGGGCCCAAGGGACCAGAGACUAAGGCUGACUGCGAGAUGAUAGUGAUGGUUGGCCUGCCAGGCUCAGGGAAGACCACAUGGGUGAAGAAUCACGUCCAGGAGAAUCCAGGGAAAUACUACAUUCUGGGCAGUGACACCAUCGUGGAGAAAAUGAUGAUUGGCAGCUUGAAGCGCCAGUCAAAGGACACCACAAAACUGAUGGCCAUUUCCCAGCGUGCUCCACUCUUCCUCGGCAAAUUCAUUGAGAUUGCUGCUCGCAAGAAGAGGAACUACAUCUUGGAUCAUACUAACCUGUCUGCCCCCGGCCAAAAGAGGAAGAUGUGUUUGUUUGCCGGCUUCCAGCGUAAGGCAGUGGUGGUUUGUCCUUCUGAUGACGAGUACAAGGAGCGAGCCCAGAAGAAGGCAGAAAGUGAUGGCAAAGAAGUGCCUGAGCAUGCUCUCCUUAAAAUGAAAAGCUUCUACUCCCUGCCUGAUGAAGGCGAGAGUUUCAACGAGGUGACCUUUGCUGAGCUGCAGAAGGAUGAGGCUGCAAAGCUGCUGGAGCAGUAUAAGGAGGAGAGCAAGACGGCCCUGCCUGCUGAGAAGAGGCCGAACCAGGGAGGCAUGACGCCAAAGAGAGGGGGCAGCCAGCGUGGUGGAGGCCGCGGAGGCAAGAACCAGUUUAACCGCGGUGGAGGUCCUGGACAGAGAGGUGGGGGCCGCGGAGGCUUCCCAAACAGGGGCAACUUCAGAGGAGCACCUGGCCCUCGUGGUGGCUUCAGCCGCCCACCUCGCGGCUUCCUGCCUCCCCCCGCCUUCAGAGGAGGUUUCCCCAACCGUGGCAGCUUCAGCCGUGGCGGCGGUCCUAUGCCUAGCCUGGGUGGCUCCCCCCGAGGUGGACCAAUGAGGGGUAACAUGGGUCCCAGGGGUGGAUCCAUGAAUAGAGGUGGCCCAAUGAACAGAGGAAACAUGAGCAGAGGAGGUGGUGGCAACAUGAACCGUGGAGGAGCCAGCAGGGGCAGCUUCAACCAGUUCCAACAGAGAGGAGGCGGUAACCGUGGAAACUUUGGCAACAAGAACAGCAACUUUGGCAACAGCAGGAAUGGUGGCAACUUCGGCAAUAGGAACGGCAACUUUGGCAUGGACAAAGCCCAGGCUUUCAACCAGAGCUGGCAACAAGGGUUUUGGAACCAGAAGCCGUGGAGCCAGCAGUAUCAGCCCGGGUAUUACUAAGAGACUCUGUUCUUACGGACUGGUGGCCAACACUGAGACCCACCGCUAGCCAAGGAACAUCCCUCCGCCCUGCUUUUUUCUUUUUCACUUUUUUUUUUCAUAGAACCCACUUUUAAAUUAAACCUACCAACCAACGAUGACUUGAGCGAUAUGGAGCAACAGCAUUCCACAUCAGAGAAGAGAUCAGGCUACAUGAGUCUCUUUGAAGCUUUAUAUAUGUACAAUGUGGGUUUAGUCUCAUCCAAUCAUCUUUUUUUCUGUUGUUGUAAAUUUUUAUGAUCUUUUUUUUCCCACUACUUUUAAAUCACAUGCUUUUAAAAAAAAAAAAAAACACCAAUAAUCUCAUGUUUGGAAUAUCAGGAACCAGAAGCAUUUUGCCGGCUCGGCAGAUGUUAGAAAAGUUUUUCAGGGUUGUGCAUUUUAUGUGCUGUGACUUCUUUUUUUUUUUUAUAUUGCAAAUUGUAAAUAUUUGUGUUUUUGAUUAGUUUUGUUUGUAUGAGAAGUUAAAAGAAAAACGGUAAGCUGAAAGGAACCAAGGCUUCUUAACGAGAAGCGCAGUAGCUGAUCUAAUAUUGUUAGAUUGUACAUGUUAGAGUCACUGUCAGCAAACAGUUCAGUUGAAGCAGCAGAUGAAUUUAAACAAGUAUUUGGUUUUGUCUUUUGUUCCCACUCUCAAGCCUGUAACCUAAACUCCAUAGACAUACAAUAAACAACUCGUUGGCUUUUUUACAUCUC